AUGAAACCAUCAGCUUAACCUCCUCGUUCAAAUUAAUAUAGGGCAAAUUCUCGAGAGGGUAGACUCAAUUUUGCUCAACAAGCAGAAAUGAAUCUUCGUGGAGAUUAUAAACCUUAAGUACCUUAAGAGCCUUAAAAGCCUAUAUAAAGAAGUAAUAGUUAUAGUCGAAACAAUCCAAAUCGUCCAGCUACUUAAGAGGAAAUUAGAUCAGCUUUAACUUUAUUAAAAGCAAAACGGGAUAGAGAUAGAAAAUAUACUUAAUUCACAGAAGAUGUGCCAGAUCGAGACAUUUAUUAAGCACCUUCUUUAAUGAAAGCUUAAAGUUAUUAGCCUCAAACAAUAUCAUAUGAAGAUAUUGUAGCUAAAGAGGAUAAGAAGCCUAUUGAGAUUAAUGAAUUUGAUGAUGAUGAUGAGGAUUUAAUUGAAUGUCCUGAUGGUUGUGGAAGGAAAUUUAAAAGGUCUGCUUUGUAAAAACAUAUUAAAAUUUGCAAGAAGGUAUUUCAAGAGAAGAGAAAAGCAUUCGAUACUAAAGAGCAACGGAUAAUCAAUUAAGAUCAUGCUAAAUUAUUAUAGAAAUAAUAGUAGGAAGAAUAGAUUUGUAAUUUAUUGCAUUUAUUGAAGAAUAACAAUAACAAUAGAAAAAAAAAUAACCCUAAACUAAAAUUGAUGAUAGACCAAUUUAAGGUUAAAAAAAGCCUAAAUGGAAAUAACAAUCUGAAUAAUUCAGAGCAGCAAUGAAAUUAAAUAAAGGAGUGCCACUUAGUCAAUAGGAAUAAGUACAUGAAUCACUAAGUCUAGGUUGCCAUAGAAGAAGUGGAUGAUAGAGUAUAGUGUGAACAUUGUGGUAGAAAAUUUAAUGAGUAAACAGCUUUGAAACAUAUUCCAUCAUGUAAAGAAAAGGCUAUGAUAAAUUAAAUGAAAAAGAAAUCUCAAUAGAUAUUACCACCUUCAUAAAAUACUAUAAAGUCUCAGUUUAAUGCAACUAACAAUUUCCAAAAAUAAUAAUAAUAACCUUAAUAAUAAUAAUAAUAAACAUAAAAUAAUAGAAAUAAUAUUAACUUAAAUGGUACAAAUAAUACAUUUACAAAUACUUAAACUGGGUCAAGAAGGCCUCCUCCUUCUUCUUCAAAAAAGUAUUGA